UCACAUACAUUCAUCAGAAGAUAUGAAAACAUCCACCUCCUUUAAAUAAGCUCUCAACUUCCAACAGUUUUUCUGAUUUUCCUUUUUCAACCUUGGAAAUGAUGGAAAUGCCCCUGUCGCUAUUGCUUCGAUCUCCACCUUUUUACUCUAUGUUUCUGUAUUCCGAACCAAGGUCAUUCCUGUAAAUUCAUGCUAAAAUCCAAUUCAGUGAUUCAGCUGCCAAAUCUGCGGAUAAGUAUACAACCCUAGCUGGUCAGUCAGAGCCUCUCCCUCGUUUUUUUGUUUUUUUUUGGCUUCGAGAUAGGAUCACGGCUUAGAUUCCCAUUCUUCUCGUGUUCAAAGCUCGACAAAUUCCGAUCAAAAGUCGCCGGAAUAUUCAUGCCCAUCUCGCUGGAAAAUAUGGGUUCGGAGCACCCAAACCCAUGAUAGCAACAAUGGGGGAAGAGGAUUGCCACAACGAGGAAGCAGGACAAGAUCCAAAGCCGCUGGAAUCCUCCACCGGAGAUUCCAAUCUCCGUAAAGCUAUUGAUUCCUUAACGUCUUUAAUAUCGCUUUCCCAUUCCGUCAGAGUCUUCGCCGUCAAAUGGCAGUUGAUUCGGAACAAACUCCAGGAGUUGAACUCCGGCUUAAUCGCCGUGGAAAACUGCGAUUCCGGCGAGAACCCGGCGAUAAAAGGCCUGGUUUCGGCCGUGCUGGUCACGGUCAACGAUUGCAAUGAUCUCGCUCGCCGCUGCGUCGAUCUCUCUUACAGUGGAAAGCUUCUGAUGCAGAGCGAUUUGGAUGUAAUCUCUUCGAAAUUCGAUAGCCACUCGAAGAAGCUCUCGGAGAUUUACAACGCCGGGAUUCUGACCCAAGGCUUUGCAAUUGUAGUUUCACGGCCAAGUAUUGGAGCUUGCAGAGACGACAUGAGGUUCUAUGUGAGAGACUUGAUGACCAGAAUGAAGAUCGGAGACGCAGAGAUGAAACGGCAAGGACUUGUUAACUUGCAUGAGGCUUUGGUAGAAGACGAGAAAUAUGUGAAAGUGAUUGUGGAGCUCAACGAUAUCAUGUAUGUUCUGGUCAACUUCCUUGACUCUUCCGAGAUUGAAAUCCAAGAAGGAGCUGCCAAGGUACUCUCGGUCAUCUCGGGGUUCGAUUCGUAUAAAGGUGUUCUGGUUGGAGCUGGGAUUGUAGCUCCAUUGGUUCGGGUUUUGGAAUGUGGGAAUGAGUUGGGAAAAGAAGCGUCCGCAAGGUGUUUGCAAAAACUCACUGAGAAUUCCGAAAAUGCGUGGUCGGUUUCUGCUCAUGGAGGAGUCACAGCUCUGCUGAAAAUCUGCGCCGGUGGCAGCAAUUGGCGGCCGGAAUUGAUUGGCCCUGCUUGUGGGGUUCUCAAAAAUCUCGCCGGAGUUGAAGAGAUAAAGAGAUUCAUGGUUGAAGAAGAUGCUAUAUCCACCUUCAUCAAGCUCGUACGGUCCAGGGACGAAGCCGUGCAGAUGAAUUCGAUUGAAUUCCUUCAGAAUAUAGCAUCUGGGGAUGAAUUAAUCCGGCAAAUGGUAGUUAAAGAAGGAGGAAUUCGUGCACUAAUGCGUGUGGUUGAGCCCAGAUCGUCUUGCAGUUUCAAGACCAGAGAGAUAGCUCUUCGGGCAAUAGAAAAUCUGUGUUUUUCCUCAACGAGCUCUGUUGGGAUAUUGCUAGAAUAUGGAUUUGUUCACCAUCUCAUCUUCCUCUUGCGAAAUGGGGAAGUUCCGAUCCAAGAAUUGGCAUUAAAAGUGGCAAUCAGGCUGUGUGGGACAUCGGAGGAAGCCAAGAAAGAAAUGGGCGAGGCGGGUUUCAUGCCGGAGCUUGUUAAGUUUCUUGAUUCCAAGUCGAUUGAGGUUCGUGAAAUGGCAGCUGAGGCACUCUCUGGCAUGGUUUUGGUACCCAAAAACCGAAAGAAAUUCGUGCAAGACGACCGCAACAUUGGCCUACUUCUGCAAUUGCUUGACCCGGAAAAGGAAAAUCCAGGCAACAAGAAGUUAUUGCUUUCUAUACUAAUGUCGUUGACGAGUUGCAACAGUGGGAGAAGGAAGAUUGCUCAUUCUGGGUAUCUUAAAAACAUUGAGAAGCUUGCAGAAGCAGAGGUUUCAGAUGCUAAGAAACUUGUCAGAAAAUUGUCCACCAACAGAUUCCGGAAUUUGUUGAGUGGAUUCUGGCAUUCUUGAGUGUAAGUUUGCUUUUUCACAAACAAAUAUGAAGCAUAUAUAUUUUUGUUAUUAACACUACAUCUACAUCUGGAUACAAGUGUUUUUCAAAAUCCAAGCUAUUAACCUGUUAAUUUUUUUUUUUUUUUUCCCCAUAUCUUCCAGCCUAAAAAGAAUAUUUUGUUUCUCAUAAUCAUCAUUGAGUUUUCUUUCUUCAUUUAGCUUUACCCCUUCCCAAUGGCAGCUUUAGUGCUUUUUCAAGAUUGUAACCUUAAGUAGAGAUCAACAAAGACUGUUACUUUAUAUUUCUUGUAGAUACUCUGCAAUGGCAGAUAUAAAUUAAAUAAUGUAAUACAUAUAUAUAUAUAUAUAUAUAUUGAUUUGGAGGAAAGAAUGUGAUGGCAGAUAUUUUAAUUAGAUGGGGAUAGAAGGAUUAUAAAUAUGAUUUUCUGCAUGUUUUGGGGAGAGCACAUGGGAGGGAAAAGCAUGAAAACCCAGAUGGGCAUGUGACUGUGAGUAGUGUUAAUCAAGGUUUUGCACUGUGUAUUAUUAUGGACAGAGAAGAUAGUGAUAGAUGAAGUUUCCUAUUGUAUUUGCUUUGUCUUUUAUAUUAACUCUCUCUUUUCACUCUGUUA